AUGGGCUGUUCGAGUAAUCGGAAAAAGCAGACGCGCGAGUUUGCUGAUCAGAAAUGGGACUACAUCAAUCUUGAGGAUUUCAGGUCCAAAGGAUGCGGCCCUGGCUUCGCCUACGGGUAUUUGUGGUUUAUGUUGUUCAUAUCGAUGGCGGUAUACACAGUCGACAGCUUCACAGCCGUGAACCUCCUGAUUUUCAACCGAUGGUCGUCCAAGAUUAAACCGGCCAUUCCAUUCGACGUUUCCAAAUGGGUCUUUUCUCUUUGCAUCCUCCUCUCCUUUGUCAACCUCGCGUUCGAAGGCUUCCGAGCACUCCGCGUCAUGAAGCGGGGAAAUGUCGCAGAAUGUUUUCUGGACAGCUUGGCUGUUCGCUGGGAAUCCAUCCGAUUUGGCUCGGGUCAGGGCUGGAGGAGGUUUUUGGUCUUUGCAGAGCUUGCCAAGAGUAAGAAAGGCUCGGAAUACGUGGCUCUGUUCACCUACUUUAGCUUCAAGUCAUGGAUUCGCGUCAUUUUCUGCUCGGGUCCCCGUCAGGUCGUCAAUGCUCUCACUUUGAAGUCUGUAUAUCAGACUAAACUAGCACCUACCGCCACCAGUGUGGAUGGCGCCAUCCUGAGCUUUUUCGACAAGAUCAAGGUGUUUGCCUCGGAAGAUUAUCAGCAAGCCGUCAUUGUUUCCGGCAUGUGCUUCACCUUUGUGGUUUGGGUAUUUUCCGCCCUAUUCCUGCUCAUGGCGGUAUUGUUUUACGUCUUCUUCCUCUUCCACUGGAUUCCGCGCUCAGAUGGUGGCCUGGCUGGGUACUGCGAGAGAAAGGUCAACAAGAAACUGCUCCGCAUCGUCACCACCAAAGUCAAUACGGCUUUGGCAAAGGGCCAAGCAAAUAGGCUCAAGGCGGAACUCGAGUAUGCCAAACGAUGUGGUGAAAAGACGCCACAGCUUGAGCGUGCAGCUACACUCCCCACGUUUCCCAACGUCCAAGGAGGAGGCCUGGGGCACAGUCUUGCGCAGACGCCCGCCCCUGGACGUGAUGACGGAGCCAGUGUCCUGCCCACGUACAUCCCCCGCCCUGGCUCACCGGCUAGCAUUGAUUUGAACCCAAUGAGCGGCAGACGGCGGCCGAUGCAGAGAACUGGAACUUCAAGCUCGAUGACAAGCUUUUCCUCGCGGGCCCCCCUCGUGCCAUCUGCCGCAGAUAUGGGAUACGCUGGAUCACACUCGCCUGCGUCCAGCCUCGCCGAUGUUGAGCUUCCCAGCGGCAUGGCGCCGUCAACCCGCCCUGGCACAUGCUGCAGCACGCAACGAAGCUUUGGUUCUUUGCGGUCUGGGUUUGGACCUGGAGGCAACGCGUCAGCGGGGACCUCGCUGCGAACCAUCACAGCAAGCCCUGUAGUCAUGGAAAACGGUCUGCCCCCGUAUCCAGGCUUGGCGAGGUCAUUCACCGAGACUUUGAACGGCAACGCCGCGGCACCUGCAGCAAUGGGACGAAGCGAUGCCGGAUCUUUGGCCUAUGGAUCGUAUCAGACUUAUGGUUCCGCCGGCCGAGCAAGCCCUGCACCACCCACCGCGUCGUACAGACACAUGGGCGCUCAUCCUCCACCCACCCGGAGUUUGACGGGGCCAAUACCAACUCCAAGAGGAGGGACUCGGCAUUACCCACCACAACGAACGAUGACAGCUCCCGUGCCUCAGCAUGGCCCGGCUGAGAACUCGUAUGACCAAUCUGGAAUGCCCCGAGAUGUUUAUGGAGGAGUCUCAUCAAGAUACGAAACGGGAUCGCGCGGAUACGAUGUUGAAUCGCAACGGAGCCAUGGAUAUUACUGA